AUGAAAUCUGUCCUGCAAUUUCUGGUUGCUGAAACAAAUGAAGCCGAUGGAACUGACCCAGGAGACGACUCUCUAUAUUAUGAAGUGUUAUACAAUGAUUUGUGUCACAUGUUUGACAAAGAAGAAGAUAAGUCCUGUGGCAUUCCCCAAGAAGAUGAUCCCCGUUUCUCUUGUGAUGCUUUCAGGAAUAACGGAGAGGAGGUCACAUGUUAUGAAAUAUUAUACGAUGAUUCGUGCCACAUGAAUACCGCAAAAAACUGUGAUAAAUUGUCCACAGCUACUCGUUGCGAGAUUAACGAGGAGGCCCAUGUUCACGUAGCUAACUAUAAUAAAUCCGUAGAUUGUUGUUCCCAUGAGACCGAAGACAUAGCGGUUUCUUUACCAGAAAAAGCCGAUAGAGUUCUUCACUAUUCUACUUCGUACUCUCUGGGUAGUUUACUUGAUAUUGUAGAAAAAUGUUGCGCUGUUAAUGUUCACAAACCCUUUGCAGAAUCCUGGAGAACAUCCAUUUGGAAUGUACUUCAAGAUCCUACUGCGUGGCUCCACAAAAUAAAAUGUCUAGCAGAUAAUAAGGAGGCAUGCCUUAAUAAGGGUACGAAGUAA